AUGAACCAGCUCAACGUGUACUCUGGGGAGGAUUCCCUCAAGAAGUACUACGAUCCCGACUAUCAGCCCCCGCUCCCGCUGGUCGAGAUACCUGCGUGUCUCAACCCAUACCGGAAAGAUGGCGUGCGUAUCUACGCUAAGAUGAUGACGGUGCUGCCAGCAAACAAUGUCAAAGCGCUGCCUGCUAUGAACCUCCUCGAGAAGAGUGUCGAGAAGGACAAGACGAAGACUGUCGUCGAGUACAGCUCCGGUUCCACCGUCAUUUCCAUGUCCCUAGUGGGCAGAGUAUUCUACGGAAUCGAUGACACUAGGGCGUAUCUGAGUAACAAGACGAGCGAUGCGAAGCUUAAGCUCAUGCAGUUCUUCGGUCUUAACCUCACACUUUUCGGAGGUCCAUCGCAACCAGAGCCUCUUGAUGAGAGAGGAGGAAUACAAGCCGCCAGGCGGAAGUCAGAGGAAGAUGAUAGCGUGGUCAAUCCGAACCAGUAUGAGAACGAUGCGAACUGGAAAGCACACUACAAGUGGACCGGCCCGCAAAUAUUGAAGCAGCUGCCCCAGAUCAGUGUCCUUUGUGCCGGCAUGGGAACGUCGGGCACGAUGACAGGCAUGGGCACUUACUUCAAAGAUGCAAAACCUUCCGUGGUCAGAGUUGGUGUUUGCACCGCAGCUGGAGACAGAGUUCCCGGACCGCGCUCGUAUGCGCUGAUGUCGCCAGUGACGUUUCCCUGGCGCGAUGCAAUCGAUACCAUGGAAGAGGUCGGCUCCACGGAGUCGUAUACUUUGUCCCUAGCUCUUUCGCGUGAGGGUUUGGUUUGCGGACCAUCGUCGGGGUUCAAUCUGCAGGGCCUGUAUCAGUUCAUCGAGAAGCGCAAGGCCGCAGGCACUCUUUCCGAGCUCGCAGACGAGAGCGGAGAGAUCCACUGCGUCUUCCUCUGCUGCGACCUGCCUUACCAGUACAUCAACGAAUACUUCACCAAGCUGGACGCAAGCAACUUCCACCCCAUCAACAACCAGAGGCUCACCGCCGUCGACCCGUACCGCUACGACGAAGCGUGGGAGCUGCAGGUCUCCGAGGCGCUCACGCGCUUCUACGACGUCGACUCGCUACUAAAGAGCGACAACCUCCCAGCGUCCGUCUCGCCGCGGGCGUCCAGCAUCGUCAUCGACCUGCGCGAGCCGAGCGACUUCGCAGCGUGGCACCUGCCGGGCGCCGUCAACGCACCGCUGUCGACGGUGACGCGCGGAGCACCUAGCCCAUUCUUCGACAGUGCGACGCUGGAGCGGCAAUGGAGGGAAUUGGAGGCCUUCUUCAGUGCGCAGGUCGAGCGAUGCUCGUUUGCGUCUCAGGAAGCGACCGAUGAUGACGAGGAGGACGGAAAGACGCCGCUGCGGGAUCGUCGGGCGCUUGUCGUGUGCUACAAUGGCGACACGGCUCGCGUGGCCACCAGCGUGCUCCGGGCCAAGGGCGUCGAGGCCGAGAGCAUCAAGGGCGGCGCGGCAGCGGUUGCCGAGUGGUGGCCGAAGGAGGUGCAGAAGCAACAGGCGGCGGCGGCGUCAGCGGCGGCGGGAUGUUUCGAAAAGGACAAGGCGGCGGUCGAGGUGGUGAGAGUGCUGACUGCUUAA